CAUGUAUAUCAACGAAAAUCGGGCCCCCACAAAAUGAAAUCCGAUUUCAUUAUCAGUGUAACUAGUUACAUUGAACUGUUUGAUUGUAUAUCGGGGAAAGGGACAAGUGUUCGGACAGCUGUUCUUUGCGGUGGCUAGCCAUGUUGGUAAAGUUACUGUGCCUGGCUUGUCUCUUGGUGACCUGCGCUCCCACAAAGUUUGACCGAGGUGCAAUAAAAGAUGUCCUUCACGCCAUUCAGAAAGUUCUUGACUUCUUCCAAAGUGACGCCAAGGAUAUCAACGUAGACGGACUCUUUGGAAUACGCGUGGCUCAAGGUCAACUUGCUGACAUCUUACAAAAUGCCCUCCUUGGUUCUGUCUCGCUUCCGCUUAUGCUCCGAGUUGAAGUGACGUCGCUUGUUGCUGAGAUGGAGCGAAUCAGCGACUUGGUCAUACAGAACCUCGGCGACACGGACUAUUUCAAACAAUUCGACCCCAUCCUCGGCAAAGCGUGGAACUCCAGUUAUAGCAUCCGACAUGUUGCGCUAGACAGUGUACCCCAGUUUGUGCCCGAGGUACUGAAGAAGCUGGUCCAUAACUACGACGAACCACGCGGUGACCGAUGUUUCAUGGAUAUGUUUGGCAGAGCGAGGUUUCCAAAAAGCCAAAGACCAGUGCCUAAGUGUACGAUACGUCCAGGAUGCCAGCAAUACCUUCUCGAAGGGACGACAAAUGGUUAUCACCUGACACACCAGCUUCUUUAUCUAAACUGUGGAAUGCAGAAUUGUACGAAAAAAAUCGAGCGUCUUACUGGUAAUUCUUUAGAGGUUCUUUUGCGAGAGAGAUGUACGAGGGCCUAUGGCGAGGCAGUCACGCUGGUCGAUUCUGGAAUCCCUCACUCCCUAAGGGAUUACUUUAUGGAAGAUGUGACAGUUUGUGGAAUCCUCGGUUUCCAAGAAUUCUUCCGGCCUGAUUGGUUGCGUCUCAUCAUAUCCUUCCAAUCGCCCUCGGGAUGUUUUGCCGAACAAGAAACCAGAAAAAAGCGGCAUGUAGGGUUCUUUGGAUCAAAUGCAGGAAUGCGGAAGCUGCUGGUUGAAAGGCUUAUGCGAGGUCAUUGCCUUUCUCACGCCUCUGGUCUUGGUUUGUCCAGUUUGGGCGUAUACGCCCGCCACCUAUUAGAGACCUUCCACAUCCGGCAAUAGUGAUCCUUUGAAUUUGCUCAAACUUUUCCUUUAGAAUAAUAUCGAACAUGAAAGUAUAGGGUGUAUCAACUUGAUACUUCAUAUAUCAGAUUUACGACAUUACAGUUAAAAUGCCCGCAGCAGUCAGUAGUCGAGAGGUAAGAUCUUGAUCCGGGAACGAGAACGAGAUUGAGGUUGCAUCAAUGCAUGUUGUUAGGAUUGCAAUGAAACUGUCUCUCUUUAUUGUUUGGCGGCCUGGAACAGUAAUACGAAACAAUCAAAUUGACAUGAAGUCGUCAAUCGGAGAAAAUAGUCAUCAAUAUCGAAACCUCUCCACUAACCCACCAUCAUCGCUCUCGCCAAUGCGGAAUCAUUACUGGUAAGGCCAAAUUCAGGACGGCAAUGUUGGGUUGUCAUGUUGAUACGACCCUGUAUGGUGCCUUCUCUAUUCUCUACCAACAACAGUAUUGUAUACAGCAGACAAGCAUAUUCUUUUGUACUAAAUACACAUUAUGAGUAAUUCCUCAUCAACAGUCUGCAUGUGGUUGAUCAAUUCAGCUGUAGAAAUCGUGAAUACAGACACGAAAUUCCUGUUGCCCCGCGGGGCGUAAAUCGUUAUAGAUUUGAGAUAUGCCCGAAUACAAAAAUGAGAAGUGAGUAUUGAGUCGGAACUGGAAAACACAUUGUAUGUAUUUUAGAGAUGAAAUAUAUUAUUUUUCUGCUAAGAGAA